AUGUCCGCUAUACACGACUUUGGGAAAACAUCCCACGCGGCGGCUGCCGACGCGGCGACCGCCACCUCAACCAGCUCCGGCCCAGACUCGCCGCCACUCCACCCGCUGAAGGGGGUCGAGUCUCGGCAGAGCCACCGGAGUCGGGCCUCAUCCCACUCGUCUACUGACACCGAUCCCCUCGAACCCCUCGAGCAUGCCCUGACGCCCGACCUGGAGACGGAGGCCGAGCACUUCGCCAGGGAGCCCAUCACGUACACCCGUACCGGUACGAGUAUCGGCAGCACCGCUUCACGGCCUCCCGAUUUCGAGGUCGUCUUCGAGCCGGACGACCCCGAGAAUCCCAAGAACUGGCCCCUCUGGUACCGCAGCUGGACCAUCUUCGUCGUCUCAUUCGCUACCUGGGUUGUCGUGUUGUAUAGCACGAGUUAUACGGCGUCCAUCCCCGGCCUCAUCGAGGAGUAUCACUCCACCAAAGUCGUUACGACGCUGGGUGUGACUACCUACCUUCUCGGGCUGGCUACCGGCAGUUUGAUUGUUGCCCCGAUGAGCGAGUUGUAUGGCCGGCAAUAUGUGUACCUCGGAUGCUUCACUGUCUCAUCUCUAUUGAUUAUACCCUGCGCACUUGCAAAGUCCUUGACGACCCUGAUUGUCGUUCGCUUCUUCGGCGCAUUAUUCGGAGCUGCGUUGAUUGCCAACAGCCCAGGCACGGUGGUGGAUAUCUCCGAUGAGGAGUAUCGCGCCCUUGCCAUGUCCUUCUACUCCAUUGCGCCUUUGAAUGGACCAGUCACCGGCCCAAUUAUUGGUGGCUUCGUGUACCAGUAUCUAGGCUGGAGAUGGGCCAACUGGAUCGUUCUCAUCAUCGCCGGUGUGGGCAUCGCACUCCUCUUCACUCUGCGUGAGACCUACGCACCGACUAUUCUCCAGCGCAAGGCGGCUCGCAUGCGUAAAGAAACCGACGACCCGCGCUGGUGGUGCCGCUACGAUGAAAAGGUGUCCAAAAUUCACCUCAUCAAGCUGAACCUCAGUCGUCCCCUCAUCCUGAGUCUCACAGAGCCUAUUCUGUGGUUCUUCAAUCUCUGGAUCUCUGUCGUCUACGGCAUUCUCUACCUGUGCUUCGUCGCCUACCCCAUCGUCUUCUCGCAGUACCGUGGCUGGGGACCGGGCCUCUCCGGUCUCGCAUUCGUCGGCAUCGGCAUCGGCACCAUCCUCGCCAUCGUCAGCGAACCCAUCUUCCGACGCAUCAUCAACUCCCACCCCAAGGACCCCAUCACCGGCCGCGUCCCCCCCGAGGCCACCGCCCGCGUCAUGACCAUCGGCGCCAUCCUCACGCCCAUCGGCCAGCUCGUCAUCUCCUGGACCUGCCUCCCCGCCACGAUCCACUGGGCGAUCCCCAUCGCCUUUGGCAUCCCGUUCGGAGCGGGCAACACAAUCACCUUCAUCUACGGAUCAAACUACCUCGCCGGCGCCUACGGCAUCUACGCCGCCUCCGCCCUGGCCGGCAACGCCGUCAUGCGCUCCAUUUUCGGCGGCACGCUGCCGCUCGCGGGAACGCCCAUGUACACGGCCAUGUCGCCGCGGUGGGCGGGCACGUUGUGCGGCCUGCUCGAGCUCGCGCUCAUCCCUAUCCCCAUCAUCUUUUGGCGCUACGGCGAAAAGAUUCGUGCCAAGAGUCCGGUCAUCAGGCAGAUGAGGGAAGACCAGGAGAAGAAUGAGAGCAAACGGGCCAAGCAGCUGGCGCGUCUGGAGAGGAAAAAGGAGAGGGAGGCUGCUGCUGCUCCUGCCGGAAACAGCGAGAAGCCAACAGGCGUGUUGGCGAGCGAGGAGCAGACGGAGCCGAGAGAUAUCGAAAAGAAUGCUUGA